GACAAGCAACACAUGUGUUGCAACUUGCAAGUCUUGUCCUUAAGGAUCGCAUCAGAACAUCCGAAAUAUACGUGUAAGAAUCUGAACGGAACAUUCGAAAACCUAAUCUUUUUCUGUUUCUCUAUCGAUCAUUCGAGAACCAAUCAUGUUCACACUCCUCGUACUAUCUUCUUCUUCACAACUCAACAUUCCAAAAACCUCUAAAAUCAAUGGCAGAGUUUCAUCUUCCUCCCGAGAUCGAAAACGAAGCAGAGCAAGAGAACGCUACUUUCAUCGACGACGAGUACCUCGACUACAUCCAUUACUUGGCAUCACGAAGCAGCCAUGAAACGGAGACGUUUGGUUCUUACGAUGAAAUCUUCGGCCAAGUGUUGGGGAAUUCAUCUUUCACGCGGCGGCCGGAAACGGCCGAGGAACUUCCGGUGGUGAACUUGACGGCUGAAGAGUUGACGGAGAGGGGUUUGGUGGUUUGUGCCAUCUGUAGAGAGAAGCUAGCUCCUAGUGAGAGACUCUCUGAGCUUCCUUGUCGGCAUUAUUACCACAAAGACUGUAUCUCGAGUUGGUUGACUAAUCGGAACACUUGUCCUCUUUGCCGUCACAAGGUAAGAAACUAGUUGGGCUUUCUUGAUUUUUGGCUGAAGUUAGCUGGUAAAAUCUGUAACUUACUCAGAAUAUAUUACAAGAAAGAUCGAGUGAAAUUGCUAUAUCCUACCUAUUCAAAUGAAUUUGUUAGACUAAUCAACUUUCAAAAUAUGGUUAACAAUAUUGUAGACAAAAAGAAAAAAAAAGAUCAAUGGCAACCAAAUCUUACGGGUAUUGUAAUGAAUAACAAAAUUUCCUAUUUAAGCAUUUUCUAUUUCAGCCUAAAUUAAGCCCAACUUUUGUUCUUUUGAUAUCAAUUGAGCCCAACUUUAGAAUAUACAUAUGGCAAUUAUGGAAUAAGUACCUCUUUUUGUUGUAUAAGCUGGUACAUUUAUUUGGGCUUUGCUAAAAUUAUCCUUCUAUUUGUUUCCCAAAUAGACUGCAAGUGAUGCAUUAGUUUAUGACUUAAUAUUUAGAUACAUAGUACUAGUUUCUCAACUUCGGUGCCACAAUAUGUAUAUUGAAUGUGAAACUUUCAUAAAUGCACUGCAAUCCGAGAAGAAUAUGAUUUAUGGAUCAUGGAUUGAUGCUGAGGAAAGCAACAAAGAGAAUUAAUGAAAAACAUAAAAGUAUAGAAGUAUGCGAUAUGUGGAUUUUGCGAAAAUAUAUCGGCUCAUUUUGUUCAACUCUGAAAAAUGUAUGACAUAAUUAUGUAAAGUAUGAAAGCAUGUGAUCGGUAUAUAUGACCUUUGCGUAAA